UCCUCCACCUUCGCCUCAGCGGCGCGGGCAGGCGAGAGGUGCGCGGUGCUCGCUGAGGAGACGGCGGCGCGGUCCUCGGGGCUCGGCGGCGACGACAGGGGAGGAGGGCGGGAAGGCGAAGGACAAGCGAGCUGCAGCAGGGAUGAGGGGAGAUUCAUACUUCUUUGGAAUGCGAGGCCUUGGUCACUAUGGCUGCACCCCGGAGGAUGGAGGACAGUUCUUACUCUACUCUGUAAAUGGAGACAACGAUUUAAAGAGGUGUUUUGCAGAGGAAGAUUUUAAUGAAAUAAUUGACUUCAACGAUCUCCCGCAUUCUCUCUUUGCUUGUAAUGUUCACCAGUCUGUGUUUGAAGAUGAGGACAGUAAGGAAAAAUUUGAAGGCUUGUUCCGUGCCUAUGAUGACUGCGUGACAUUCCAGCUGUUUAAAAGCUUCAGGCGUGUGCGGAUAAAUUUUAGCAGUCCCAAAUCAGCUGCUCGUGCCAGAAUAGAGCUGCAUGAAACACAGUUCAGAGGGAAGAAGUUAAAGUUGUAUUUUGCACAGAUUCAGACCUCUGAGACAGAUGGAGACAAGCUUCAUUUGGCACCACCACAGCCUGCAAAACAGUUUCUCAUCUCGCCUCCAGCCUCCCCACCUGUAGGGUGGCAACCAAUAGAUGAUGCAACACCUGUCAUCAACUAUGACCUCCUUUAUGCAGUUUCUAAGCUCGGACCAGGAGAGAAAUAUGAGCUGCACGCAGGAACGGAGUCCACUCCCAGUGUGGUAGUGCAUGUCUGCGACAGCGACAUGGAAGAAGACGAGGACCCAAAGAAUUCUCCAAAGCCAAAAAUCAUUCAAACUCGGCGCCCUGGUCUGCCACCUCCUGUAUCUAACUGAGCCUCUCGGCAGAAGCAGCACUUCUCUCCUCCAGCACAGCUCUUGGUUUUUGUUUGCUUUCUUUUGUUGAAAGGCAGCCAUUGCCUUUUGAGUACGAGGACAUUAAACUCAUUGAAAUCCCUUCACAGUAAUCAAGCCUAUGUAAUAAAAGGGCUAGGAAAAAGAUCUUUGUAUGUGUAACCAUAUCACACACCAACUAAUAGAUUUUUCUGGAAAGGACAAAUCAAGGCUGAAGAAACAAGGGGAGGGUUUCAGUCUGAGGAUUUUUUCACAGCUAUAAUUUGCAUGCUGAAACACCACUACCAGAGAGAUCGUUCAGGGUGGGCGAUUAGGCUGAUAUCAGGCUCCCAGAAUACAUGCUAGUGCUCUUCAUCAAGCAGCCUGCUCCUCUGCCCUUAGUUCCCCAGCAGACCUUAGUCUUCCCCCCCCUUUUUGUUUUAAGGGGGUGCAUGUGUGUUGGUUUUAAUCUACUAGCAGCUUGGUGGCCUUUUCAUCUCCCUGAAAUCUUCUGUAAGGAAUACUAUCUUUGCAACAUUUUUAGAAACAGCAGAAAAACACCCUCUUGCACCGACAGCUGUAGAGUACGCUGGUCCUUAAUGGUGGCAGGGAUGUGAGACGGAGCUCUCUGGGCUGAGGGCAGAGGCAGCAGCUGGCUGGAGGGUCCGGUGUCUUUUGGUCCUCCUCUCUGAGGAGCAGGGAGCCAGAAUAUCAACAGGGAUUGUCAUUUUAUCUUCCAUAAAGGUGUGAGUGGUACUUCUCUCUGAGUCUGAGGAAGGAAGAGAAGCUAAGUGACUGCUCGUUUAAGAUGGGAUUCAUUGCUUUCUGUCAUAGCUGUAAAUUCUAGUAUUGAAUGGCUGAAUGCUUUCCUAGUGGUGUGUUGAAUAGCCCUGAAACUGUUAGUAAUUACUUGUACAUCCCUAAUAUUCAGACCUUUUCCCUCCCCACUUCCUGUGCUUUAAAGCCCUUUUUGAGCUGUAUGCAGUUUGGGUUUGCGGAGGUGAGGAGACGUUAGUUGGUGUUCUUUUGUUGUUUUGGUUUUUUUUUCUUUUCUUUCUCUUUUUUUAGGCCAAAGAAAACAGGACCAUAAUUACACACUUGAAAUUAGACUGCAUGCAAUUGAAUCCCCUUUUUUCACUCUGUCCUGCAUGUUUCUUUCACUUGCAAUGUAUACUGGGUUCCAAAAACUGUUCUGUGUUUUCAUCAUGGCUGACAGCAGGCAGAUACUGGAUUCCCUGUCUGACAGACCUUCCAUGAUGAUUUUUUUUUAUGCGUACUUGUCAUUUUGAGAACAUAUUUUGUAGACAUUUGAGCUCAGAUUUUGCAUAUAUUUAAGCAUGCGCUUAAUUUAUGCACAUGAGUAGUUCCACUGAAAUCAAUACUGCAGAAAACUGAGCAUAUGUGUAAGAUACGGUGGGAUUUUUAAGCUAAUUAGCUGCAGCUGUACUCCCAAAAGUGACUAUAAAAUGGCACAGUGAGAUUCCACAGUUUAAAAUCCUUUGCAAGUUAAAAUAAGUAAAUACAUCUUGGAAGCUCAUUCUAGGAUCUGAAGUCAGCUUAGGUUCUGUAAUCAAGAUUUUUAUCAUAAGACCUAAUGAGCUGGUUUCUGAGGGAGGGUUCCAUUCCACCCUUCAUUAGCAGUGAAGCUACAAGCUUCAGCAGAGUCGAGUCCCACUUGCCAGGGUGUUGGCGCUGCGGUACUUCCAGGAAGAAAUGUGGGUUGCUUUGUUGGUGGAGACAGGAGAUGCCACGCUCAACAUGCAUGGUGAGGAUGUUCUGAGAACGAGGACUUCUCACGUAGCUCAUUCUCUGACCACCACAGCUCCCUAAUACUCCUGUUGAGAUGUAGUGCGUUACUUAGCGUUUAUCUAUAAUGUGAUUCUUGUUACUGCAUUAUGGACAUUAUUGUGCGUGUGUUACACUAAUAGAAGCACAUUAAAUACAGCAGAGACUGAACAAGAAAUGGGGCUUUAAUAUCCUCAUGAUAUCUGUGUAAAGUUGUCUUAAAGUAAUUCCGUAGAUGUUGCACUUGAAUUAUUUUUUUCAAUGAUGCAUUUAGAAUUGAUUUAAAUAAAUUGUGACUCACUGCCCUAGGACUAUAACCUGAUGUUCCUGGUAAAAACACCGUCAUAGGCCACCUACAGUAUUUCAGGAGUAACACCACUGUCUUUUUUGAGAAGAUACAGACUGCUAAGGUCCACGGGGUUUAGACCAAUACAAACAGGGAGAGUAAGAAUUAAACACGUUAAGAUUUUUUGGUUGAUAAAUGCUGUAUGGGAGAAAUUACUGGCCACAUCCUAAACUGAUGUAAGCAAUCAGAGAUCAUCUCAAUCAAAGUUGAUACUCUGGAUUUUUUUACAUGCAAAAGUGUUGGAGGCUGAGUCUAGUCCUUGUAUCCAUGUACUUUGGAGAGACUUAGUUCUAACUACAGACUUUGGCCUCAAAUGAUGUAAAACUAUCCUGCAAAUUAAAGCAUUGGAUCUUAAGUGUUAUUUCCUCAAAGUGCAUUUUCAGACAGGUUUAAAACCAGGCCUCAUUCAAUGACUACUCUUUGUCUUUACAAAUCUAUGUAGUACUGCCCAGGAGGGAGUGCAACAUGGCUCGUUGGUUAAAGCGCAGAAAUAGAAACACAACUACAAACCUGAAAACUCAAGGAAGCCUGUUGUAACUAUGGUCAAAGCUUAUGUAUCGCCUUUAUAUGAUAAAAUAAUGGUCAUCAUAGAAAAAUGUUUCAGGUAUUAUGGAAUAAUGUCCCUGUCAUAAAAGUAACAGCAUUUAAGAGAACCUGGUGUUUUGCUAAAGGCUGGUUCUUGCCUGGCAUAGAAGAAGAGCUUCUUUCAAAAACUGCUGACCAUCUGGAAGAGUAACUGCCCUAUUUAAUUCAGUAAUUCACAGGCAGAGCCCCUACUUCAGUGGGAAUUUUCUUUUGUGCAGCAGCUAUGAGCUCAGUCCCUCUGACUUGCACUUUUCACAGGGUGUCCGCAGUGCGAAAGUAGAUUCUCUCAUGCCGUGAUACUAUAAAAAAGAACAAAACCUCUGUGUUACAUUACAGCUUCUGAUGCACAGUGACAUAGACGACGUCCUUUUAAUUCCCUUUCCAAAGCAGGAGCCUGUGGGAGCGGCUGGCAGCGAUGGCCUGGGGCCCUCUGCUGAGCAGCCCUUGCUGCUGCUUGGAAAUGAAAGGAGGAAAUCAGGGGAGUACAGUUGCCAUUUCUGCUGCCUGCUUGUCCUUUCUGACCUCUGCAGAUGCAAAAUCGAAAUUUUAAUGACUUCCUAAGUACAGUUAAAAGCAUGAAAAUAUUUAUAAUGCACGGAGAAAGGGUAUUUUUGAAAUCUGCUCUUUUGGAACAAAAGAACAAAGAAUUUCUGUGGCCUUGAUUUUUGUAAUUAAGGCAAGGACUGAGUCCCCCCUUCCUAGCAUGUAUAUAUACACACUGGAGUACACUUUGUUUUCAUGCAAGAAAACAUGGCAAGAGCAUCCCUUCCUCAACCAUAACAAGGCUACAUAGUUAUCAUAAAGUGCUUUAUACUAUAAAAAUGUGCCCCAUGGAUAAAUUAUUUAACAUUUAUCUGAUCCUAAAUUGGGUGGGAGGGGUGGGUUGUUUUUAUUUUGGUCUUCCCCCCCUUCAGCAACAGCGAAAAAGCUUUCUGCAAAAAGAAAGACUGUUCUUUGUACAGAGUAACGGACUGAACUAUCUUGCAAGACUUGAUUACAGUGGUAUGUCUGAGCACUGUGACAGAUUAUGUUAGCAUUUCCAUUAUAUUGUACAUACUUUUGAAAUACUCUAUUUAGUCAUAUUUUAUAGGAGUAUUAAAAAGCUAUGGGCUAAUUAAUCACUUUUACACUUGUAUAAUUCAGAGCUUAGUUUAAAAAAUAAACAUGGCAACCAAUAUUUUUGUGUUCUGCUUGCGUUGGCAUUUUGAAAAGCAACAUUUAAAGAGUUCAACUAUAUUAAUAACCUGACUAGUGUGGUAUAUACCACUGCUCUCUUAACUGGUAGAACUGAAAACGCUUAAAUGUGUGACAUAGGCCAAACUCCGUUUCAAUAGAAAUUAGGGGGGAAAAAAUAGCCCUCUUACUGGCAGGAUAUGCCAUGUUCCAUUUUAAACUGCUACCAUUUCACAAAGUCGUGAACUUGCGCUGGUUUGCUGUGGAUUUGGGUAGGUGUAUGCAAAAAAAGCAUACAGCGCAAUCCCUGGUGAGCAAAAGCGCAUCCCUGACAGCUGAUGCAGUUCUUACUGUGCUUUUAUGAUAAUGGUAAAAUACAGUGGGCACAAGCGUUUGAAUAAGGAAACAUCCAGGCUGGGGAAAAAGUUCUAUUAGCA